AUGAAUUCAACUGAAGUCGAGAAUCGGGGCCCGGGAGGGGUGACGAAUGCAAGAAUUGGAGCAGUAAGCUUAGUAACUGGAGGAGCUUCAGGUUUAGGCAAAGCAACUGUUGAAAGGCUGGUUCAGCAAGGAUCUAAAGUUGUUUUGUGUGACCUACCUGCCUCCAAAGGCAAUGAAAUUGCCAAGAGCAUUGGGGAAGAUCAAGUCAUUUUUGCACCAGUUAAUGUAACUUCUGAGGAAGAUGUCAAAAAUGCUCUAUCACUAACAAAAGAAAAAUUUGGAAAACUGAAUAGUGUUGUCAACUGUGCAGGAAUAGGUGUGGCUUUCAAGACAUAUAAUUUCAGAAAGAAAUCACCCCACUCAUUAGAAGAUUUCACCAGAGUUUUAAUGGUUAAUACUGUUGGCACUUUCAAUGUGAUCAGGCUUUCUGUUGGACUGAUGGGAGACAAUGAACCUGAUCAAGUGGGAAGUCGUGGAGUUAUUGUCAACACAGCUAGCAUUGCUGCUUUUGAUGGGCAAAUGGGCCAAGCUGCCUAUUCAGCAAGUAAAGGAGCUAUAGUUGGCAUGACCCUUCCAAUUGCUAGAGAUUUAGCCACUGAUGGCAUUAGGGUUGUAACAAUAGCACCAGGUCUUUUCAAAACUCCUUUGUUUGAUUCUUUACCAGAAAAAGUUGUUGCAUUUCUAGAAAAAUCUGUUCCUUUCCCUUCAAGGUUGGGAUAUCCAGAAGAAUAUGCUCAACUAGUGCAAAGUGUAAUUGAGAAUCCCAUGUUGAAUGGAGAGACAAUCAGACUGGAUGGUGCACUCAGAAUGCAGCCAUGA